AUGGGCAAUCCAAUACACUGUUCAUGUAGUAUCAUCGACCUGGGUCUGCUCCUUCGGCGAUUAGAGCCCCCUGGGAGUCAUGUGGCCUGUGCUGAGCCAAUGGAGGUGAAGAAUCAGAAGCUAGUUGAUCUGGCGACAAGCUACGCCUCUGCUUACAACGGAACUCGUCACCUGGGCUAUCAAUCAGACCCAAGUCUGUACCCCGCGGAGGCGAGAGAUGGUGCGGGCGGUCUAAUCCGACCUUGGCCUCUACCACACUGUCCUGUCGGACACGUGGGUGGAGAACUGUCAAUAGAGGAUAUGGUAGUCGAACGCCGCGAACGUGCGCCGACGAUUGUUACUGCACCACAGGGCGUUUCUGUCACCGAGGGAGAGAGGGCGUAUUUCAGAUGUGAAGCCGAAGGGUGGCCACUGCCCGUAAUCUCGUGGAUCCUGCCAACCAAUCGCACGAGCUUCGUGCGUCUAUGGGACCGACGACGUAUCCCCUAUCAUCUCCCUCUUGUGUUUCUUUCUACGCAGAUUCUAGAGGUGCAAGAAGUGCAUGCCUACCACGAGGGAACCUUCACUUGCGUGGCCGAGAAUGCUCAUGGUCAGGUGAAACACUCCGCGAGCCUGGAAAUCCUGGACACACUAAAGCCGCAAAUAACAGAUGCUCCCGCCGCCCAAGCCAAAGGCGGAUUGGUUGGGAGUGACCUUGUACUAAGCUGUUCUGCCCGUGGGCGUCCUAGACCCAGCGUCUCCUGGCUUUGGAUGCGGACCACGUCAGCUCAGCGACUGUCCACAGAGAACCGGUACAUUGUGCGUUCUGCCUCCAAACUGCAGGCCAGACCCCUGCAGGAGGGUAUUUCGGAGCCAGAGGGGCCCUACUACAGUGAAGGAUCGGAAGAAUCCACCACGCUUAUUAUCCGAAAUGUCACAACACGCGAUGUGGAAGGUCGAUACAUCUGCUAUGCAGCUAACAGAGUCGGUUCUGCCAGAGUCACUCAGAUUCUGCAGAAGCAACGUGAGGAAGGACUGGGAAAGGAUGAAGACCAUAUUUACCGCGCUGAUGAGGACUACGAUGAGCAGAAACGACAGGCUAUGGGAGUGCAACUAACUGCAGAACAGUUGGCCAUCCUGGCUCAGUUGUCGGGUUGUGUACAGUUCCAACAUCUGAACCCCUGUGAGAAACAGCUCUGUUUCCAUCUUCGAUACCGGUCGAUAGACGGGAGCUGCAAUAACCUGAAGAACCCCCGUUGGGGCACCGCAUUGGCGCCGUUUUAUAGGCUUUUGCCGCCGGUCUAUGAGAACGGGGUAAAUACACCAGUAGGUUGGUCACCGGAGAGGCUGUACUUUGGGUUUCCAAAACCUUCGGCCCGUCUUGUCUCCUACACACUCCUCGGAGAUGCCACGAAACUUCAAGUGCACACGAAGAAUCGGUUCAGUGACGGCCUCGGCUGCAACGAGACCUGCAUCAAUGAUCCGCCCUGCUUCCCCAUCAUCACACCACCAGGUGAUCCGAGGAUUCGUUCGCGUUGCAUUGGGUUCGCCAGAUCCAGCGCGACCUGUGGCUCGGGAUCCACUUCGAUCCUGCUAGGCCGGCCGCAACAUCGAGAACAAAUCAAUCAGAUCAGCGCUUUUAUUGACGCAUCCAAUGUCUACGGCAGUGAGGAUUUUGAGAGUCGACAGUUGAGGGACACCCUUUACGACGAAGGCCGUCUUCGGGAAGGUAUGCCAACUCCAUCGGGCAAGAGACUGCUCCCCUUCAACAUCCGUGGACAAGUAGACUGCCAAGCCGAUCCACAACAGGAUUUCGUGCCGUGCUUCAAAGCCGGUGACCACCGCAAUAACGAAAACCUCGGUCUCAUCUCGAUGCACACUAUCUGGAUGCGAGAACACAACCGCAUUGCAGAUGGCCUGCGCACUCUGAACCCCCACUGGAGCGGUGACCGGAUCUACCAGGAGGCCCGCAAGAUUGUCGGUGCCUGCAUGCAAUCUCUCACCUACCAGGUCUGGCUUCCAAAGAUACUCGGCGAAGAGGGAAUGCGCAUGUUGGGCAGGGAGUACACCGGCUACAAUGUCUCAGUGAAUCCAACCAUCAGCAAUGAGUUCGCCACCGCAGCCUUCCGCUUCGGGCACACUCUCGUCUCACCCAUCCUCUUUCGUCUGAAUGAGCGUUGGGAACCCGUCCCGGAGGGUCAUCUUCUGCUGCACCAGGCCUUCUUCGCACCAGACAGGAUGCUCAAGGAUGGCGGUAUGGAUCCGAUCUUGCGCGGUCUCAUGUACCACGGUGUACGCGACGUCCUCCGUCAACCGGCUCUCAACCCCGAACUGACAGAACGGUUGUUCGCGAUGGCCCACCAGUUGGCGUUGGAUCUGGCCUCCUUGAACGUGCAGAGGGGGCGGGAUCAUGGCCUGCAGCACUACACUGCCUACGCUUACCGAAUCUGUGGUCUAGGCAGCUCGGCGGCUCCUGACUCCUUCGAUGAUCUAGCAGAUAGGAUACGUGACCCACAGGUUCGCGAAAAACUACGUGCGGUUUACGGCCAUCCGGGAAACAUUGAUCUUUUUGUGGGCGGCGUUUUAGAGGAUGUUUUACCUGGAGCUCGAAUGGGCCCCACCUUCGCUUGCAUCAUCGCAGACCAGUUCAAGCGUCUGCGCAGUGGAGACCGCCUCUGGUACGAGACGCCAGGUCUGUUUACCACUGCCCAAUUGGCAGAACUACAUGACAGCGGCAGUAGUCUGGCCCGCGUCAUCUGUGAGAACGGUGACAAUAUCACGGAGGUGCCGUUGGACGCUUUCAAGCGACCUCGCGGUCGUCAGGACUUGGUGCGCUGUGCGGACGUGCCAAAGUUGAACUUGGCCCUAUGGAAGGAGUGUCCCACGCCAAGCGGCAGCUACUUUGGUGCCUUUAAUGACAUUGGCGAGUUUGAGGAACCCCAGGUGACUCGCCGCGUCCGGCGCAGUAUUGAUGACGCCUCCUGUGACGCCUCGUCAGCCUGUGGAGGAAAAAUGGAUGUGAAUGCUCUGGAACAGGAGAUAGAAGAACGAGUACGGCUGCAUGAUCGACAGCUCCAAAGACGCCGGCGAGAUGCUGGAAAGUCAUAA